AAUUGUCCAACGAAAGCAGAGGCUCGUCGAAGUGCAGCUAAAAUAGCUUUAAUGAACUCAGUUUUUAAUGAACAUCCGUCCAGACGAAUAUCUGACGAUUUCAUAGAAAAGGCCGUUGCUGAAGCGCGAGCUUCGUUCAAGGGAGAACCAGAAGAAGCGGAUAACCCGAACACUGGCAUAGGAGCUUUUCGAUUUAUGUUGGAAUCGAAUAAAGGCCGCACUAUGUUAGAGUUCCAGGAGUUAAUGACAGUGUUUCAAUUGCUCCAUUGGAAUGGUAGUUUGAAAGCGAUGAGGGAACGCCAGUGUAGUCGUCAAGAAGUUGUUGCUCAUUAUUCGAAUCGAACACUUGAUGAUGAUAUGAGAUCUCAAAUGGCACUCGACUGGAUAGCUAGGGAGCAAGAGUGCAAAGGGGCCCUUAGAAGAGAACUAAACCAGGCCGAGAGAGAAUUAGAAUCUGCACGAUUAGCUGGACGUGAAUUACGUUUCCCCAAAGAGAAGAAAGACAUCCUGGUCCUGGCGCACAGCCAAGUCAAUAUGAACUAAUCAGUUUGUGCCUUUCUAUCGUGAUAAUGCGCCAAAUGUUUGAUGCACCAGGCCAGUUCAAAAUUGCUGAUCUGUUGAGACUGAUUUUUUUUUUGGGAUUUUCCCGGUGACUUUAACACUUUUUACAAAUCUAUUCUCCAAAUAUAAAUUCAUUUAAAAACUUCGGCAAAAUUAUAUUUCUUCAUUGCUUUUUCUUUAUUAAUUUUUUUGGUGCGCCCUUUGUCUUAGCCCUAUUGUUAUAUCUGAUGCUAAAAUCACUGGGAAUAUUCUCUUUUGUUAUUUAAAAUACUUUGUAUAUUAACUAAUGUUAGGAAUUUGUAGCAUGUGAGUGUGAUUAUUAUUAUUAGUUAUUAUAUUGCGAUUGCUCACCCGUCAGGUAAACUGUGGUAUUUAACUCCUCGUGAUUUUUUUGUUCUCGCUUCUAAAAUUUAAUAUUUGCUUUAAGACUGCUUUAUGUUUAAUUUUACUUAAAUGUAUUUUUCUUAUUAGUUAUUAUUAUGAUCGUAUAAACCGAUUAUGACGCUUUUUGUUAAGCUUUACACUUGCAUAUACAUUUGUAAACUUACUUAUUAAGGCAUAGCCAACAGAAAAAUGCCUCUUAUAUAAUAGCAAUAGUACGGGGUCGCACUGGUCAAUAAACGAACUAAAAUAACUUUGAUUAUUUUACUUGCUAUUUUAAAAGAAUCGUUGAAAGUACUUCUCUUUUACUAACUAUAUUAGUACGACCCUACAAUCUUAUAUUUUCUUUCAAUUGCUUUUAAAGUUUAUAAUUCUUUGUACUUGAAAAACACUAUUCGAUUUUGUUUACUUUCUUAAGUAUGUAAAGUUAUUUUUUGUUAUCGUUCAUCACACUAAAUUAAUUGAAAUAUAAACAUAUUUUUUUUUAUUGUACAAUGAGUUGUAAACCUAUACUGCUUACUUAAUUUUAAACAUCAACUACUCCAUUAAUAUACACACAUUACAUAUAUUUUGUACCAAUUGCUCAAGCAACGAUUUCAAGUUAAUAAAAUGUUUUUUAGUUA